GACAUCAGCAGACUCCAUCAACAUGUCCUUCUCCAGCAGCAGCUUCAGAUCCUCCUCAGGUGGAUCCAUGAGGGGCUCAUCUAUGGGAUCCUCAUGUAGGUCCAUGUCUGGAGGUGGUGGCAUGUCCAUGUCUGGUGGUGGCAGCCGCAUCAGUGGCAGCGUGUACGGGGGUGCUGGUGGCUCUGGGGUGCGCAUCUCCAGUGCCAAAGCCUCCAAGUCCUUCUCUGCUGGUGGUGCUGGCUUUGGUGGAGGCUCCAGCUUCAGUAUGUCUGGUGGAGGAAGUGACAGCCAUGUCAUCGGCAACGAGAAGUUCUGCAUGCAGAACCUGAACGACCGUCUGGCCACCUACCUGGCCAAAGUCCACACCCUGGAGAAGGCCAACGCUGAGCUGGAGCUGAAGAUCCGCCAGUUCCUCGAGGCCAAGACCUCCCCCACUGCUCGCGACUAUGGUUCAUCCCAUGUCAUCAUCAGUGACCUCCAAUCCAAGAUACAGGAAGCCAUCCGUAUGAAUGGUGCAGUCCAUCUCAGCAUUGACAAUGCCAGGCUUACCUCUGAAGACUUCAAAAUGAAGUAUGAGAUCGAGCUGUCCAUGCGUCAGUCAGUGGAAGCAGACAUCGCUGGGCUGAGGAGAGUUCUGGAAGAGCUGAAUAUGUCCAAGAAGGACCUGAGCAUGCAGAUCGAGGGGCUGAGAGAGGAGUUGGUCUUCCUCAAGAAAAACCAUGAGGAGGAGCUGUUGUCCAUGCGUGCCCAGAUGAGCGGCCAGGUCCAUGUGGAGGUGGACGCUGCACCACAGGAAGACCUCAGCAAAGUCAUGGCUGAGAUUCGCGAACACUACGAGGCUGUCGCUGCCAAGAGCAACAGAGAUCUGGAGGGCUGGUUCCACGCCAAGACUGAGGCGCUGAACAAGGAGGUCGCAAUUAGCACAGAAGUUAUCCAAACGUCCAGAUCUGAAAUUUCAGAAGUCAAACGCACACUGCAGAGUCUUGAAAUCGAACUUCAAUCACAUAUGAGCAUGAAAUCAUCCAUGGAAAAUACCCUUGCAGAGACAAAGAACCGUUUCUCCAUGCAGCUGUCGGGUUAUCAGAUGCAGGUGACCAGCUUGGAGGAACAGUUGGUAAAUCUCAGGGCUGACUUGGAACGCCAGGGCCAGGAAUACAAGAUGCUGCUGGACAUCAAGACCAGGCUGGAGAUGGAAAUCGCUGAGUACAGGAGACUGCUGGACGGAGAGAUGACAAGCAGUGUUUUCUGUUUGGUCCACAGUGUCUCCUCCUCCUCCUCCUCCUCCUCCACCAGCACCAGGAAGGUCAUCACUGUGAUAGAAGAGGUGGUGGAUGGGAAAGUGGUCUCCUCCACCCAAUCCUCAGCUUCUUCAUAUGCACGCCACUGAUGCAGUACAUGAGUGUACUGAGGGAAAUACAACAACUGAUUAUCUGACCCACUAAACAUCCAGUGCACAUCUGGA